AUGGCUGCGGAGUCUGCCUCGGAGUCUUCGUCAAAUCUAAGAAUUAUCGUACAAAAGAAUCCAUCAGAAUCUCAGCUGUCCGAAUUAGGCAUCAAGUCUUGGCCCAAGUGGGGUUGUUCGCCGGGAAAGUACCAACUCAAGUUCGAUGCUCGGCAGACGUGUUAUCUAUUGAGAGGGAAAGUGAAAGUUUAUCCGAGUGACAACAACUCGUCGGAAGUGGUUGAAUUCGGCGCCGGCGAUCUGGUCGUAAUUCCGAAAGGACUGAGUUGCACUUGGGAUGUCUCUAUUGCUGUCGAUAAACAUUACAAGUUCGACGCAACCUCAUAA